AUGCAGUGCUUUAUUGUUCCGCUUUCCGCAAACCAAGGCAGAGGCGCAUGCGUACUGCGAAGGAGUGCUGGAAGCUGCCACCUUGGCACGAGGGCCGGUCUCCGGCAACGCACUGGAAGGCUUCAGCGCGUCGCUCAACCGCUGUGCUCAGCAGCUAAGGUUCCUGGCCAGUACUUGCAGGUUGAACUUGGAUCCACACCGCACCAAGGGCGUCUGGGUUUGCACGCGGCCCAGAAGCUGGAAACUGGUCAGGUGGUUGCGUCAGUGGAGGUUGCUGCAGCGCUUGUGAGUGAACGACACGGUACCGCAGUUACUACUCCUGAUGCAGCGAGCGACGAUGCGCGCUGGGAAGCAGCCGCAGAGCUUGCCUUGCGGCUCGUUUUGGAAACCGUUCAAAACGAAAGUUCACCAUGGAUCGAUUAUGUGGAAAAUGUUUGUCGCAAGCGGGAGUUCUACGUGAACCAUCCACUACUCUGGGACGCCUCCAGGUCGCGUCUCUUCCGGGGUACCGCACUGGAAACUCGACGAGAAACGCUCCGUCGCGAGCUGGUAUCCUGGUUGGAAGAGCGACGAAGGUCCUCCGUUCUUCCCGUUGAUACUUUUUCGGCGAGCGCAUUCUUGCGUGCAGUUGCGCUGGUUCUCGACAGAGGCACCUGGUUUGCGGACGUUGGUCGAUGGGUCCUAGCACCACCGCUCGAUGAGUGUCGACCAACUGGUAGAGAGGAUGCUACCGUGCGUUUCCAGUGGGUGCGCAAGCGUCUCCUGGGAGGGCGCGAGGAAAUCCAUUUGAUAUGUACGAAAGACGUGCUCACUGGGGCUGAGCUCCGCUAUCAUGCACGCGUUGCGGACGCAAUCGACUUUUUCCUGCAGUACGGAUAUUUCGAAGAGCAUUCCAACCCUGAUUCGGCGCGAAAAUUGCGGGAAUGCGUAGGCCUUGUCACACUGGCCUUCGAAAUAAGCCGUCUGGAUCGAUUCUACGACGACAAGGUGGAUAUUUUGCAGCAGCAGCAGCAGCAACAACAACGAAUUGAUGCCACUUCGGAGGAUGAACUUGCUGGUCAGACUUUUGUCGUUGCCGCUUCCGACCUCACAUCGGAAGCGCUACAAGCCGCGGAGAAUCCGCUCAGUGCGAUGGUGCAGUUUCUCCGCUUGCUCUGUCUCAGCGGAUCGGAUGCAUUUCUCCUCGAGGGCUUGUUCCGGGAUGAAGUGUGGGAGUUCCUGGCGCUGCCUGUAUCGGAAGGAAAUGAACGAAUGGUGUGCGAGUUGGUGCUGGCUUCGUGCGAGGAGCGAAUGCAAGCAUUGGAUGAGGCGCAGGCACUAUGUGAAGAAAACUUUUCUCCAGAGCUGAAACAGGCUGCGCAGCUGGUCCAGGAAGCAGAGCGAACGACCCUACGUGCAAUUAUGACCUACUUUAGAAACGAACUCACUUCGUUGCGCGAGAAGGAAUAUUAUCAUGAGCGGCGCCUGCGAGCCCUGGACUUGUAUCGUCCGCUCGAUCCCGACGAGAUUCACGAUGCCGACGCCACCGGCUUCGAUCAGUACAUGUGA